AUGAACAUCAUCGAAACGCUUUUCGGCCGUACAGUCACUCCUGCGGAGCGGCUUCGGCAGCACCAGCGCGCCCUCGCGAAGGCGCAGCGCGAGCUCGACCGCGAGCGCACAAAGCUCGAGCAGCAGGAGAAGAAACUCAUCAUGGACAUAAAGAAGAGUGCAAAGGCCGGUCAACUGAACGCGUGCAAGGUCAUGGCGAAAGACCUCGUCCGCACACGCCGCUACGUCCAGAAAUUCUAUCAGAUGCGGACACAGCUUCAGGCCGUCGGCCUGCGGAUACAGACCCUACGGAGUAAUCAACAGAUGGCUGAGGCUAUGCGAGGCGCAACGCGGGCUAUGGGGGCCAUGAACCGCGGCCUCAACCUGCCGCAGAUACAGCGUAUCAUGCACGAGUUCGAGAGAGAAAGCGCGACCAUGGACAUGAAGGAGGAGAUGAUGUCUGACGCGGUCGACGAUGUCAUGGACGAUGAUUUGGAGGACGAGGAGAUGGAGGGCGACAACAUCCUCAAACAGGUCCUCGACGAGAUCGGCGUUGAUCUGUCCCAGCAGCUCUCAGAUGCGCCGACAGGUCUCGCAGUCAGCUCGUCACUCACAGAGCCACGGCAGGCGGUUGCCCUGGGUGAUGCAUCUGGGCCACCGCACCCGAGUGGGGGAGAUAGUGGUAGUAGUCCAGGAGGCGGUAUGUCAGACGAAGAUGCUCUCCAAGCCCGGCUGGAUGCUCUGCGGCGAGGCUGAGUGUCGAAUUCAAGUAAAUCUGUUGGCAAUUGAGUGCUGUAUACCUUCGUCCUUCAUCCUGUUGUCCUGUAUUGUUCUUCCCUAUCUCACAUCAAUGUCUACAACUGUACGGGUUGAGGAGG